AUGAGAUACAGCCUCGAUGGUGUUGAAGAGGCGGAAGGCCAGGACGAUGAGUACUCCAGGGCAAAUCCGGCGAGGCCGGGGUUUACCAAGUUUGACCAGAAGGAUAUGUGGAGGAUGGGCAAGUUGCAAGAAUUGAAGAGGAACUAUCGUCCGCUGUCUGCGCUGAGUUUUGCCGUCGUCCUCACAGCCGUGUGGGAGUUUCUUCUCAUCGCCAACACCCAGGGUCUUGUCGAUGGAGGUGUUGCUGGAGUCUUCUGGUCAUAUAUCUGGACAUUCAUCGGCUUUGGCUUCGUUGAGCUGAGCCUGGCGGAGAUGGCUUCAAUGGCCCCUAUUUCGGGCGGGCAAUAUCAUUGGGUUUCCGAGUUUGCGCCUCCAAAAUUCCAGCAGUUUCUCUCCUACAUGGUGGGCUGGAUGUCGACGCUUUCAUGGCAAGCAGGCAAUGCUUCAGGGUCGUACUUAACUGGCACUAUCGUUCAGGCUCUUCUCGUCGUCAACUAUCCUACUUAUGAGCCUCAGAGGUGGCAGGGUACGCUUCUGGUAUUUGCGAUGGUAUUGGUACUUUUCAUUGUCAACAUCUGGGGUGCCCAGAUCUGGCCUAGGAUUCAGAAUGGGCUAUUAAUCCUCCAUGUGCUCGCCUUCCUCGCAGUUAUCAUCACGCUCUGGGUCAUGGCUCCUCAUCGGAGUGCAAAAUCGGUCUUUACAGAAUUCACAAAUAUGGGAGGCUGGUCAACCAUGGGGCUGAGCCUUAUGGUUGGUCAGAUUACGGCUAUCUAUUCUAUGUUAGGAUCGGACGCUACCGCACAUAUGGCUGAGGAAGUCCGCGAUGCAGGCCGCUACGUGCCGAUUUCUCUGUUCUGGUCUUAUGUCGGCAAUGGUAUCAUGGCAAUCAUCUUCCUCAUCACAUACCUCUUCAGUAUCGACGACGUUGAAGCCGCACUAGAUGAUCCGACGACCUAUCCUUUCAUCUACGUCUUCAAAUCCGCCGUGAGUACGGCCGGUGUCAAUGCCCUUACUAUCAUCGUCCUCAUUCUCGUCAUUGCCGCAAACAUAUCAUUCAAUGCAUCCACGGCUCGUCAAACUUUCGCUUUCGCGCGCGACAGAGGCUUGCCAUUCAGCAAGUGGAUCGGUCAUGUCGAUGCCGGAAAAGAGAUUCCCGCCAACGCGAUCAUCUUGACAUGCGUUUUUACUAUGCUCCUUUCACUUAUCAACAUUGGGUCGACGACCGCCUUCAACGCUAUUAUAUCACUGCAGGUCGUCGCACUCAUGACAACGUAUACCGUAUCUAUAGGCUGCGUGUUGUACCGUCGUAUCACACAUCCUGACCUUAUCCCAACCGCCCGCUGGAGCUUAGGCAAAUGGGGUGUGCCGGUAAAUUGCCUUGGUCUUGCGUAUGUCUCUUUCGUCUUCUUCUGGUCUUUUUGGCCGAACGAAACGCCUGUUGCAUUGGACACCUUCAACUGGGCUGUGGUAAUGUACGUGGGAGUUUUAGUUCUGAGUCUUCUUAUGUAUAUUUUCCAAGGGAGAAAGGUGUACAAUGGCCCGGUUACGGAGAUAAGGGCUUCCAGACUAGAUUAA